CGCAAGCCACAUCCUCAGCCUUACCUGGUGAGACCCCUGCAACCAAGUAUACUGGCCGUUUGCCAGCUCAAUUUCGGAAUCCAGCUCGUACAGACCGGCCAAUGCGACUGACUCCCUAACCGAUCCUCCCAUAGCCCUUCAAGCUUGAGGCUACGACCACCAGACCACGAAAUCCCACGACAAGAGCCCGAAGAAGCCGUGCGUGCUCCUCCAAGACGAACUGCCCCCGAUCCCGUCGAUACAGCCGCGACCCUUGCCUAUAAGCCGGGCCCCUCCUCCGAACUGCCAUAGGUGAAACGCAAAGACGAGUUUCGUGGAUAGAGGACUGAGGCAGGGCAGAUGAUGUGAUGAGACGUUCUCCAGCACGGCUUGCUUCGUUUCUCUCUACCGGCAUACAAUAGUGUUGCUGCCACCGCGAGACGCAUGGUCAUGGUUUCCCAUGCGCCAUCGUCAGGGGAGCGGCAGGCGAACGGCAGAGCUGGGGCACAGGGACGCGGAAAUGGAAGAGUCGAGAGGGCACAUGGGACACCGAGGAAGGAGGGUGCGGUGAAGGAGAAGGCGGUGCAGGAUCCCGGGUUGAAAGACUACCGUUUAGGAGAGUGUCUCGGAAAAGGCGCGUUUGGGUCGGUUUAUAAAGCAUUCAACUGGGGAACUGGGGAGGCGGUGGCCGUGAAGCAGAUCCGUAUUGCGGACUUGCCCAGGAGUGAAUUACGCAACAUCGAGGCCGAAAUCGAUUUAUUGAAGAACUUGAAUCAUGAUAAUAUUGUCAAGUAUCUGGGUUUUGUGAAGUCGCCAGAGUGUUUAAACAUCAUUCUCGAAUAUUGUGAGAACGGCUCUCUGCAUUCGAUAUGCAAGAACUUCGGAAAGUUUCCCGAGAACCUGGUUGGAGUGUAUAUGGCACAGAUACUGCAGGGGCUCCUUUACCUGCAUGACCAGGGUGUUAUUCACAGAGACAUCAAAGGUGCCAAUAUUCUGACCACCAAAGAUGGGAAGGUAAAGCUUGCGGACUUCGGUGUGUCCACGAGUACACUGGCCGCAACUGGAGACAAGGAAGCUCAAGUUGUAGGCACGCCUUACUGGAUGGCGCCAGAAGUUAUCCAGCUUUCAGGGGCAACUACUGCUUCUGAUAUAUGGAGCUUGGGCUGCACUGUUAUUGAGCUUCUGGAGGGAAAGCCACCGUAUCAUAAGCUUGCACCAAUGCCUGCAUUGUUUGCCAUUGUCAAUGACGACCAUCCUCCUCUUCCAGAGGGUGUCUCUCCUGCGGCCCGCGACUUCUUAAUGCAAUGCUUUCAAAAGGAUCCCAAUCUCAGAGUUUCAGCGCGCAAGCUACUAAAGCAUGCAUGGAUUGUGGGAUCUCGUCGAAGUGAUGCGCCGAUACCUAAGCCUCCAGCGAACUUCAAUGAAGCCGUUGAGGAGGUUAAACAAUGGAACGAAGCUCUGCGAUCUCCGAACAAUGGAUCUUUGAAGACGUCUACCAGGUCAAGUGUUGCAAGCCCUCUUCCACAAAGAAGAGAUGCCCCUUUGAGGAAUGUGCACAACGAGCAACAACCGUCUGCAUUGGGAGUAUCUGCCAAGGGCCCCUUAGUAUUAGCAAAGCCUCGGAUUUACGCUGAGGCUUUUCGGUCUCCUGAGGCAAUCGGUGAUGAUAAUUGGGACGAUGAUUUUACCACAUCAAUCUCGCCAAGCUCUCUCCACCUUCCACACCUCAAACCACACGACAAUUUCGGAGGAUUGUUUUCCUCAGACAAGUUGAAACUGCUUGCUUCUGCUGACAUGGGAUUUGAUUCCGGCAGUGAUAACUGGGAUGAAAAUUUCGAAGGCGAUUUGAUUACUAUCAAGGGACCUCGCCGCUUCGCUGAGCCUGACUAUCAAGAGCUCGAGACCAUUCGCCCUUAUCCUAUCAAACCAAAGACGAACCACGAUCUGAAGCCUCCCGCUCCUACAAACCUAGUUCGCAAGCGUUCCAUGACGCUCCCUCAACCCCCGAAGACAGCUAACAAAAACCAACCUACUUCUAAAUUUGCCUUGCCUGCGCGACCAGCAGCGUUGUUCCGGGAACAGACUAUCGAAGAUUAUUCUGACCUCUAUUUCGAGAACGAAAGCGUGUUUGAUAGAAGGAUGAGUGCUACAAAGGACGACUUGCUUUCCCCAAAGCUAUUUCAUCCAUCUGACUUGACACGCGCACCGAAAUCCGGUUCGCCCGUCAUCGGUGGGAGUGUCAGGAGACACAUUACGCCACGACAAGAUGUAGACGAACUGUCUAUUCGACGCGCAAACUCUUCCGUUGAAAUCCAACGUUAUGCUGAGGAUGAAGAGGAUGAAGAUUUCUCUGCUUUGUUCGCGAACGGCCCCGCCGUCUCAGAGCGCGAUGUAUCCGAUCUUGGCUCUGAGGAUGGCGCACUGAUGCUUCACUCGAAGCUUUCAAACAACUCCUGGCUUGGAGAUGAGGAUGAUGAAGAUGACCCAUUCGCGUCCUUAGAGCAGGGCUUCGAUGAGAUGGACCUGCAGGCAAACAUUGCGCGCGACAAACACGCGCGUCUUUCUACCUUGGUAGAGGGCUUGAUUAGCUCGCUGAAGACAACUACUGGCGAGGAAAUCCUGACUGACAAGUCCGAAGAGCUACUCGAUGUUCUAUACGAAUCUCCAGAAUCGAAGGCCAUGAUCAUCAGCGCUCAUGGUAUGCUUCCAAUCCUUGAGAUCUUGGAGCCAUGUACCGUCAAGACUCGCGAAAGCUUGAUUCUCUGUCUCCUGAAGGUUGUAAAUGCCAUCAUACUCGGCACUGUUGACAUCCAAGAGAACUUGUGCUUUGUCGGAGGCAUCCCAAUCAUCACCAAGUUUGCUGCUAGACAAUACUCAAACGAGAUCAGACUCGAAGCUGCAGCUUUUGUCCGCCAGAUGUAUCAGACAUCUACCUUGACACUUCAAAUGUUUGUCAGUGCCGGUGGUCUCAAUGUUCUGGUUGAGUUUCUAGAUGAAGACUACGACGAGGCUCGAGACCUUGUCCUGAUUGGUGUCAAUGGCAUUUGGAAUGUAUUUGAGCUACAGGGGCCAACUCCAAAGAACGACUUCUGUCGCAUAUUCUCCAGGAGCAAGAUCCUCUAUCCUCUUUCUUUGGUCCUUAACAGGGUCCUGGAUGAAGAAGGAGAAAUCCCCGAACUCAUUGAGGGACGCAUUGUGAACAUCUUCUAUCUAUUCUCUCAAGCUGAGAACUACGUCAAAGAAGUUGUUGCAAAUCGCAUAAUGCUCAAGGGUGUCUUGAAAGAUCUUCGCCGAAUGUCCCCGAUUCAUCAGAUCACUAUGCUCAAGUUCAUCAAGAACUUGUCCAUGUUGUCCACGACACUGGAUGCGUUGCACUCUUCGAACGCCAUCGAACUACUCAUUGAUCUCCUUGGCUCUAGCAGAAGGAGGAACCAAGUUCAUUUCCGAGAGAUCUGCAACCAGGUCCUAAACACAAUGUAUAACUUGUGUAGGUUGAGCAAGGUUCGACAGGAAGACGCGGCAGUAAAUGGGAUAAUCCCACUGCUCAAGAAGAUCAUGGAGGGCGACAGACCACCAAAGGAGUUUGCACUCCCAAUCUUGUGUGACAUGGCUCACUCUGGAAAGGUUGGACGAAAGUAUCUGUGGCAAAACCAAGGUCUUCAGUUCUACAUCUCUUUGUUGGCAGACCAGUAUUGGCAGGUUACGGCGUUGGAUGCCAUCUUUAUAUGGCUCCAAGAAGAGACAGCUCGAGUCGAGAAAUGCCUUCUCGAUGGUCAUUUCACAGAAGCAAUCGUCAAAUGUUUCAACACUCCGAAGGCAAACAACUUCGACUACAACCUACUCGAGCCACUUCAAAAGCUUCUUCGACUGUCACCACCAGUUGCCGCUUCACUCGCCCGCUUUGAUAUGUACUCCGGUAUCCUUCAGAAGCUAAACCACAAAAAGGCCGUCAUCCGUCUCAACUUGCUGAGGAUCGCCCGCAGCAUCUGUGAACCAAGCGAAGAAUGCGAGCAGGAUAUCAGAUCCCACCAUCUCUUCGAAGCCAUUGAGGGAUUGGCAGAUCACGAUGGUGCAGUGUUGGUGAGAAACAUGGCAAGCGAGCUUGUCAGGUCCACGUUUGAGACCACAGGUGUCCGUGAACAAGACGUGCACAGCAGUGCCAGCAAGAGCCGUAGGAACGUUAGAAGGCAGAGCUCGUUUCCUACGCCGAGCCAGAGAAUGGCGAGCCCCACUACUCCUACACACGGUGGCCGUGCCAAUAUCAGCUUUGGAACCUUGAUGGAUUCGUUCAACUCACCAAGGCGCCCUGGUCUGAGUGGAGAAGGCCGUUCUCGCCCAAGCAGCAGGGAUGGCCCACAGAUGCUGAGCAAAAUGGCAAGUUCGGAGUCUAUGGUUGGGACUCCUGUUAUCAAGAGCCGCCUUCCUAGGACCUCAGCUGCGUUGAGAACUUCCAGGGCAUCCCUGGCUGGACCCAUCCCACGGGAUUCAAGGGUUGAGCCAACAUUCAGCCCCAGGAAGAGAGGAGACAGCGGUGGAAGCCUGACCAGCAGCAGCAGUGGAGGGAGGGUCAAGAGCGACCCGAAACAACCAAGUGCCAGUAUGAGCCACCUGGUGUCAAAGAGAAGGCCAAGGGCCCCAAGCGGCGACAUCAAGUGGUCUUAAACCGGGAAAACUCGAUGAUAGCUCCAGCGGCACAAUCUGCUGGCUAGUUAUCAUGUCGAAACCAAAAGCAACAAUUCGGAAUAUGGGAGCGGAUGAUGCUCCCAUGGGUCUGGUGGGUAUAAUUGUUUUUACGCCAUGUUCGCCAGGGGCGUUUGUAUUAUGGGAUACGCUUUUUGCUGCAUAGAUAGCGGAGAGGGACGGGGAUGGAUGGCCUCAGUGUUAUGGAUCACAGACUUAUGGAUCAGAGAAACUUGUUAUGCCGGUGUCUGUUCAAGCAAAAGACGCAAUGAGAUUAUAGGAAUUAGCUAAACAAUCCUAUAAUAAAUGACUAUUUAAAUUCAA